CGGCAGAGGAGGUGCGAGAGUGAGGGAAAGGCUGGAAGACGAGAAAGCUGGUUUAUGUAUUUCUGAGCCCAUAACCCAUUCUUUUGAAGAUCUCCAGUUGUGGUCUGUUUCAAGUCGCUUCUUGUUUGAAUGGAGUCCUCUGGUAGGGCAUGUGGUGCUACCCUCUCUGAAUCCUCGCAUACGGCUCUUUCACCCUGACAGCUGAAUAUCUUUGCUUGUACAGGAAUUUUACCACAAUUUGACUAGCCUGCAGGGUGUUUGCUCAGUGAGAGGAAGCCUGUUGCACAAUGGCGGUUUUUGAUACUCCAGAGGAGGCCUUUGGCGUCUUGCGUCCCAUCUGUGUUCAGCUCACAAAGACCCAGACAGUGGAGAAUGUGGAGCGUCUGCAGGCACAGUUACAAGUCGUGAGUGACUCUGCCCUUCAGGAACUUCAGCAGUACAUCCUCUUCCCUUUGCGAUUUACCCUGAAGACCCCGGGCCCCAAAAGAGAGCACUUGAUCCAGAGUGUGGUGGAAUGCAUCACCGUUGUCCUCUCUUCAACAUGUGUGAAGGAACAAGAACUUCUCCAGGAACUCUUUUCAGAACUCUCUGCUUGCCUGUAUUCACCCAACUCUCAGAAACCUGCAGCUGUGUCAGAGGAGUUGAAAUUGGCUGUGAUCCAGGGCCUCAGUGCAUUAAUGCACUCGGCUUAUGGGGACAUCAUUCUGACUAUUUAUGAGCCCUCCAUUCUGCCUCGUUUAGGAUUUGCUGUGUCUUUAUUGUUAGGCCUAGCAGAACAGGAGAAAUCAAAACAAAUUAAAAUGGCUGCCUUAAAAUGUAUACAGGUUCUGCUCUUUCAAUGUGAGUGUCAAGACCAUCCAAGGUCCUUGGAUGAACUUGAGCAAAAGCAGCUGGGGGAUUUGUUUGCUUCUUUUUUACCUGGCCUCUCAACUACACUGACCAGGGUCAUCACAGGAGACUUUAAACAAGGGCACAGCAUUGUCGUGUCUUCCCUAAAGGUCUUUUACAAGACAGUGAGCUUCAUUAUGGCUGAUGAACAGCUCAGAAGAGUCUCAGAGGUCCGAGAAAAGCCUGCCGUGGAGCACAGAGUAGCGGAGCUGUUGGUUCACAGGGAAGCCAAUUGGGUAAAAAAUACCGGCGACAGGUUGACUGUCCUUAUUAAAAAGAUAAUCGAGUGCGUUUCAGUUCACCCACACUGGAAGGUGAGGCUGGAAGUGAUAGACUUUGUCGAGGCCCUUCUUUUGAAGUGCAGUCAGUCACUGGUUGAAUCGGCUGGUCCACUUCUGAAGGCUCUGGUGAGUCUGGUAAAUGAUGAGAGUCCUGACGUCCAAGCCCAGUGCAAUAAAAUUCUGAGACGUUUUGCAGAUGAGAAAGUCGUGGUGGGCAGCAGAGCCUUUGCUGACAUCUUGUCAGAAAACCUGCACUCCCUUGCCACGUCCCUUCCCCGCCUGAUGAACUCCCAAGACGAUCAGGGCAGAUUGUCUACUCUCUCCUUGUUACUCGGGUACCUGAAACUCUUGGGCCCCAAAGUGAACUUUGUCCUCAACUCUGUGGCCCAUCUCCAGCGCCUUUCCAAAGCGCUUAUCCAAGUUCUGGAAUUAGACGUGGCCGACGUCAAAAUCGUUGAAGAGCGGCAUUGGAACUCGGAGCAUCUGAGCACUUCUCCAGAGACUUCAGCCUCCCGGCCGUGGGCUCAAAUGCAGAGGAGAUAUUUUCGCUUCUUCACUGAUGAGAGGGUUUUCCUGCUCUUGAGGCAGGUUUGUCAGCUUCUUGGUUUCUAUGGGAACCUCUACUUGCUCGUGGAUCCCUUUAUGGAACUGUACCACGAGUCUGUGGUUUACCGGAAGCAGGCCGCCAUGAUCCUCAAUGAACUGGUUGUAGGGGCUGCUGGGUUAGGGGUAGAGAAUGUUCAUGAAAAACACAUUAAGACAAAACCAGAGGAACUGAGGGAGAUCGUGACAUCAAUACUUGAAGAAUACACAAGCCAAGAAAACUGGUAUUUGGUCACUUGCCUGGAAGCUGAAGAGGUGGGAGGGGAGCUGACAAUGAUGCAGUCAGGCAUUCAGGCCCUCACAUCUGGUGCACACACCUGCCAGGCUACCUCUUCUCCCACCUUCUCAAAGCCACGUCCCACGAUCUGCUCCAUGAACAGCAACAUCUGGCAAAUAUGCAUCCAGUUGGAAGGGAUUGGUCACUUUGCACACGCACUAGGGAAAGACUUCCGUUUGCUCUUGAUGUCAGCCCUCUAUCCGGUCCUGGAGAAAGCUGGAGACCAAAGCCUGCUUAUCAGUCAGGCGGCCGUCAGUACCAUGACGGCCAUUUGCCAGGCUUGUGGCUACGACUCCCUGCAGCAGCUGAUCAAUGAGAAUUCAGACUACUUGGUAAAUGGGAUCUCUUUAAAUCUGCGCCAUCUCUCUCUCCACCCGCAUACCCCGAAGGUCUUGGAAGUCAUGCUACAGAACUCAGAUGCUAGCCUGCUCCCUUUGGUGGCAGAUGUGGUUCAAGAUGUCUUGGCUACCCUGGACCAAUUUUAUGAUAAGAGAACAACUUCCUUUGUCAGUGUACUGCAUGCCCUGCUGGCAGCAUUAGCCCAGUGGUUUCCAGACGCAGGUCAUCUUGGGCAACUCCAAGAGCAAAGUGUAGGGGAAGAGGGAAGUCAUUUGAGCCAAAGACCAGCAAGUCUUGAGAAAGGACUUGAGAAUACCACAACAGCCGAAGACAUUGAACAGUUUGUGCUGAACUACCUCAAAGAAAAGGAUGUAGCAGAUGGAAAUGUCUCGGAUUUUGAUAAUGAAGAAGAGGAGCAGUCAGACCCUCCCGAAGUGGAUGAGAAUGACACUGAUCCCAGUGUGCAGCCACCACUGCCAGUGCAGAUCCAAAUAGCCACGGAUGUGAUGGAGCGCUGCAUCCACUUGAUGUCAGACAAAAAUCUGAAAAUCCGCUUGAAGGUUUUAGAUGUGCUGGAUCUGUGUGUGGUUGUUCUGCAGUCCCACAAGAACCAGCUCCUUCCCUUGGCUCAUCGGGCGUGGCCCUCGCUCGUGCACCGACUCACAAAUGAUGACCCCCUGGCAGUGCUCAGAGCCUUCAAGGUUUUGCGUACCCUGGGAGGCAAGUGUGGCGAUUUUCUAAGGAACCGGUUCUGCAAAGAUGUCCUGCCAAAGCUGGCUGGCUCUUUAGUCAGCCAGGCUCCCAUCAGUGCCAGGGCUGGACCAGUUUACUUCCACACGCUGGCCUUCAAGUUGCAGCUGGCCGUCUUGCAGGGCCUGGGCCCCCUCUGUGAGAGACUGGACCUAGGUGAGGGUGACCUGAAUAAAGUAGCUGAUGCCUGCUUGAUUUACCUCAGUGCCAAACAGCCCGUGAAAUUACAAGAGGCUGCCAGGAGGAGUGUUUGCAGCAGACGCUGUCGGAGCCCUGCCCACAUACUAUCCCCCGGCAAGCUGACCCCAGAGGCAUCCAACUACAAAGCCUGCAACUCUUUGCCUAAGGGCUUUCUCUGACCACUGGAGUCCUCUGAGCCUGUGUGCUGGGGGGUUGACACCUCCAGGAGCUAGGUGAGUUUAAUAUAUAUUUGUGAAUAUGUUAGAGGCCAUUUCAUGAAACAUGCAAGAAUGUGUGAGCAUGCCUGUAUGUGCAUAUGAAGGUGCGUCAUGUAAGUGCUCAUAAGUGAACAGGUGGGCAGACACAUAUGUGUUUGCAUAACAUUUACAUAUACACAAGCGUAAGAAUGAGAGUGUCUUAGUUUGUUCCCCCAGAAGCAGACCCUAAGACAAAGAUUCAGGUGCAAGUGGUUUAUUUGGUAGGUGAUCCCAGGAAACAUCAGGAGAGGAAUGAGUGAGUGAGACAAAAGAGGGAAGGAAGUCAAUGAUGGGUAUGUCAUCAAGCCAGUUACCCCCCUGGGCAACUGGAACUUACUCCCACUGGGCACAUGGGGGAAAGGGAGCAGGAUGCUCUUCGGUUAUCCCAACCGAGGAGCAAGGGAGCUGGGGUAUUUACCCUCCAACUCCCGUCAGUCAUUGAUAGGGCGCUCCUCCAGCCUGCCUUGCUGGCCAGCAGGCUCUGUUGUCCAGAGAAAACCCUCAGCAGUGUUGGCAGCGGGUCUGGUGGCAGGGGAUGGUGCUUACCCGGCACGUGGGCGGGGACACCAAUAGCGUCCGCACUCCGCCACCCCCUCCCCCGCUCCCCGCCGCAGGCUGGCACAGUGUGUGCGUGGGAGCGUGUACGAGUGCAGAGGUGAACGUGUGUGCCGUGACUGGGCGGCCUCGUGUGCCUGCACGUAUGUGGAAAGGCAUGCAUGUACACGUGUGUGUGACAGCUUCUGUCCCUCUGGCCUGCUUCCCCACCUGUACACGAAGGGAGGGACUCUACUCCUUGGAAGGCCCUUCUUACUGGGCCCAUCCCAAGUGCUCAGCCUGGCUCCGCCCCCUGCCCCUCCCCACAAACAGGCCUCCGUUCCGGGAAAAAGGGAAGGAGACAGCUGGGGGCUUCAGAGGACGAACAUAGCCGGGGCCCACGCCCCUCCGAGGAGAUGAGGGGCAGAGACACACUCCUCCCCGGGGGUGGGUGGGCCAGGGCUCUCCCAGCCCCACUCGGAAGUCUCCCCAGGGGCGGUACCUGGUUCGAGGCCCAUC